AUGCCGGACGAGGAGGAGCAGGCGCUGGCGGGGGCGCCGUGCGGGGCGUGCAGGACGCUGUGGCGUAGGUGCGUGUCGGGCUGCGUCUUCGCGCCCUACUUCACGGCGGACGACUUCGCAGCCGUGCACGGCGUCUUCGACGCCAGCAACGUGUCCAAGAUGCUGGAGCGCAUCGAGCUUCCCGAGCAGCGGUGGGUGGCCGCGGUGACGCUCGUCGAGGAGGCCAAGGCGCGGCAGCGGGACCCCACCUUCGGCCGCGUCUCCUACAUCCGCAUCCUCCAGGAGGUGAACGACAAGGCCAGGGAGCUGGUGGACGCGGCGCGGGAGGAGAUCGCCACGGAGUUCGGCGCCCUGGCCGCGGCCGAGCCCCUUCCCAUUCUCGGCGCACGAGCGCGAGCGUGA